ACCGAGCCAAUCAGAGACCUGGAAGACAGUUAAAGGACUCGUGGGCUGUCUCUCCACCUUUAUCAAGGACUAUUCCUCAACCUCCGCAUAACAUUCAAACACUGUCCUUCACACAGACGAAACCAAGCGGAUUGGAUUAAAUUCCGUAAUAUGGAUGUUAUCUAUUUUUUCAUGUGAACUACAUUUGGAUUCUACUUUUGGAGUCUUCCCACUCUGCACUUGUUACAGAAAGGAUAGAUGCUCCGCCUGGGUCCCCGGAGAGUAUAGGUUAGAGCGCAGGGACGGACCGACCGCUGCAACAGGUGCUCCUCAGCUCGCGAGCAUAUCGCUGAACUGAAUUCGAGGACCUCCGAUAUUAUAUUUUCUCACAUUUUGAGAGGAACCCGUUACGCACAUAAUGCCUGUUCUGAUGAGCCCGGAGAUCGCCGCCAUGUUUAAAGAGAAAUGGCUGCAGGUGCACCCGGAGGGUCAGGGUGACGAGGCCGGAUCUCAGCACCUUGACGACAGUCUCACCAGCCUCCACUGGCUUCAAAACUUCUCAAUCCUCAGCGCGGAUCCGGAGAGUCGACCCACCUGCUCCGGCUGCCCCUCACAGCAGCACUUGCUGUACCACCAGCGCCUGUACCCCCAAGGCACCGACUCUCCGUCCAGCCCGCCAGCCGGGGAUACUGCCGCCACGGGGAUGCCUCUCUGCCUCGGUAGCCCCGUUACCUCCGGUAGCAGCUCCACGGACUCGCGUGGGGCGCAUUACUCACAGACUUUACACUUCCCGCAUGACCACCACCACAUCACAGCGCAGGUCAGUCCCCCGGAGGAAGUCGAUUACAAGACCAACUCGAAAGUCAAGCCGCCGUACUCCUACGCGUCUCUUAUAUGUAUGGCCAUGCAGGCCAGUAACCAGCCCAAAGUGACCCUGUCCACUAUUUACAACUGGAUCACAGGAAACUUCUGCUACUACAGACACGCAGAGCCCAGCUGGCAGAACUCGAUCCGUCACAACCUCUCCCUCAACAAGUGCUUCAUGAAGGUUCCACGGCAGAAGGACGAGCCGGGGAAGGGGGGCUUUUGGCAGAUCGACCCUCAGUACGCCCACAUGUUUGUCAACGGCAUCUUCAAACGCAGAAGGAUGUCCACCAACCACUACAGCGGCGGCGGCAGCAGCCACAGACAGAACAAAGGGCCGCAGGGCCAGGCGUACCACACUGGCUCCCAGGGCCAGAGCCAAAAUGGCCUCCUCUCAGACACAGAGGUCUACCACGGGGUUGGGGUGGGCAGCAAACGCAAACACCUCUCUCCCAAACACAACAGCAAGCUGGUGCGGAUGCCCAAGUCCCCCCUGCUAGCGACGGAGGCUAACGGGGCCGACAUCCUGAGGGGGGAUUUUGACCUUGCGUCCGUGUUCGACGACGUCCUGAGCGGGAGCUGCAGUACCUUCGAGGACCUGGACAUCAACACAGCGCUGAGCUCCCUGGGCUGUGAGCUGGACCUGAGUCUGCAGGGGAGGCACCCUGCUGGGCAGGCCAGGUGGUGUGGAGAGGGCGAGCCCCACAUCCAGGAGCAGGCCCAGCACCAGAACCAUCUCUCCUAUGGCUACAUAGAACUGAACAGUGCUAUGGGAUGUACCAUGAUGGGGGACAUACAGCUCCAACAGCAGCACCAGGAUCUGCUGUUUCAGGCACAGCUCCAUCCCCUCCACCAGUUUGAGGAGCCCACACUGUUCUUAGAGCAGCAGGAGGUGGUGGAAGAGAUGCAUCCCUGGGAGAUCAAAGAGGAACUGCAGGUGAUUCCUCUGGGUCUGGAGCAGGGCUUCACCCUCUCGGAUGGCUUCUUCUCUGAGCUGCAGCCCUGGGAGAGAGGUCAGGUCUACAUGUGACCUCCAGAAUGUACCAGGCCUCCAGAAAGAUGACUACCCCUCUCUAACUAACACAACAACCGUCUCAUAUGUAGGGUUUUCCAAGUCUGUGGGUUUCCCAUUAGAUGUCUCAAGAACAUUGUUGUUUUUGCUACAUGUAUUGUUUUGACUAAUAUGCAUUUUUUACAUAUAUGGGUUUCGCUGAAAUAUUUUCACAGUAUAUAGGGGUCAUUGAGGUCAUUGAGUUUAUGAACUCAGAGGAUGCCAUUGGUGGGCCUGCAGCUCUGGUCUGUCUAGAGCAGAAGACUUGAAGGCUCAAUGGAUGGUGGGGUCGCAGAGAUGUUUGAUUUGGCUCCACAUUCAGAGUGUCAUUGAAAACAAAGUACCCUUUUUGUCAUGGCACACUGUAUAGAAUCAACCACUGUUUUGACCUGCUGGGACAUACCUACGUAUCUGCUGAAGACUACUUUGCUACGUUAGCAUCAUACACACUCUUACAGAUUAUAAACUGUUUUCUUUCUGUUUUCAUCUGAUUUGGAGGAUCGAGAAUGUUUUAUUCAUGAAUUAGGAUCUCGAAGUUAAAUUUAUAGUGUUGAAUCAUAAUCAGAGACUAGUGAUGAUGAGAUAUCCAUAUAUGUGUUUUAAUUAAUUAUCAUAAUACAGUAUAUACAACCUAGAAUUGACGGGUUAGAGAUGGGUGUUUGUCUGUAGUCAUAUUGCUAAGCAGAGAGAUUGGGAUAGACUGAAGCUGAUCUGAAAUGCCUUCCAGUCAGUCAUCAAACAAAAUAUGCACUUUGAUGGACAAAAUAUGAAAAAACAAUCUUGACAUUUUCUACAGCACACACUGACCUUGUACGCCACUAUCACUGUACCACAUAAUUAAGAAUUUCUGUGUACUAUAUCUGUAUGCCAUUAUUGGACAGCAAUAACAAAACCUGUUUAUGUUUAUGUUUAAAAAGUAUAUUGCCUCCUAAAUAGUUAGCUUUCAGCUGGAAACCCGUUGGAUGAAUCUGCCAAACUUGCAUUUGAAUUUGUAAAUUAAGUUGAUCAGGAUUUUGCAGUUGAGAGAGAUGACCAUAUAGAGAUACUAUGAUACAAUGAUCCAGAGGACUGCUGUAUGUGUGUCUGCACUCUUGUCACUGGGUGAUGGACCUUUCAUUUAUACUGAUUACUUUUAUGUAUGAUUUUUGCAUUCAUAUCUUUCAUGAAAUAUCUCAAAUAUGAACAGCCCUAACCCUAACCCUAACAUUAAUAAAGAGUACUUUCUUUUGGGGGCGAAAUGACAAAAUGGAUGGGAGAUUUAUACUUUUUCAGUUGUUUAAAAAAUUCAAUCAUUCCCUGAUGCAAUAAAUG